GUACAUUUAAUCAUCACACUGACGCACCAAAUUAAAGAGGGACUCUGCUCUUCAGAUCAGUCGAAUCCAUUCUCAGAAUGAAAAAUCGAAAAUGGAAAAACGAAAACUCCAUUUCUUCAAGAUCAUGAUGCCUGGAUUCCAACACAAACUCAAUCUGCCAGAAAGUUUCUGCAAUAAUCUAAAGCUGAAGGCGAAGAAGAUAGUACCGAAAGAGGCAGUGGUGAAGAGCAGGUUGGGGACAUGGAGGAUGACAGUAAUCUGUAAGAAUAUUGGGCGAGGUCUGAAUCCGAUCAUCUCCUUCACGAAUGGAUGGCCAGAUUUCGUCGUCCGCCAUGGCCUGACCUUGUGGGAUCUCGUGGUGUUCCAACACACACCAUCAGUGGACGAUCUUCAGUUUACUGUCGUCUUCGUCUUCGACGCAACUGCUUCUCAGAAGGAUCCAUCAAUCGUCCUCCCAAAGAGCUCUUUGAAUUUGUCCUCGCCUAAUUCUAAGAAAACCCUAACCAAAAAAAAUCAGCAGCAAGAGAAGAAACGUGGAUCGGCAGAUGCUGGCAAGAACAAUGUAUUUUUUACCGCGACAGUGAAGCGUUGGCCUGUCGCAAAGCGAAUGUGGAUUCCGGUGGAAUUUUUGAGGGCGGCGAAGAUGGAGAAGACGACGAGUGUGGUUCUGAGGAACGGCGACGGGAGAGAGUGGGGGGUGGUGGUGACGAUGAGCAGGGAGAGGGGCGGGAAGGGGGUGAGGGGUAGAAUGGGGGCCGGCUGGGGUCAAUUCUACGACGAAAACAACCUUAAAGCCGGAGAUGUCUGCACUUUUCACCUCGUAAGUAAUAAGCGUCUUCGAUCCCCCAACCAUCAUCUUAUUGUAAUUGAUGUCCAGAUUCGUCACUGCCGUCGCCGCCGCCGCCGCCGCCGUUGAUGUCCUGUCCGAAUUACUGCUUAUUUGAUUUGCUGCUAUAUAUAUAUAUAUAUAAAUAUGUAUGGAUGGAUGGAUAUUGUAGCUUCCAUGUGUGUGUUUUGGGUUAGUUUGGGGUUCUGUAAUUGGUUGCUUGUAGUAAUUUGAAGCAGGGGCAAAUGAUUUCUUGUUUAUUUGUAAGAUUUUCUGGGUACUUAGACUUUAAUUUCGA